UUCUGGACCCGCAACGCACCAUUUCCCUCCUCUUUUUACGUUGUCGUUUAUAGUUCUCACUUAAAACACUUCCAACCUUCCACUUCACACUUCGACUUCUAGAGGACCCGAGCUUCUUCACUUCUCCAUGUUAGGUUUUUCUGCUCCGUUUGACUUCCAGCCGCCGGAUCCAUGACACUAAACGUCCUGAACCCAUUAACAACAAUGCGACUUUGCCUUCCCUUCCACGUUGGUCGUAGAGCCUCUCACCGUGUAAGCCCUCUUUCUCCGAACAUCCUGAACCCCAUUAACCCAUUUUUCAAUACUAUCAAUGUUUCUUCAUCGCAUGCUUCUUUCCUUGAUUGCCCUUUGAUUUGGUCGACCAGCUUUCUUUUCAUAAUCAGAUACCCUUUUCACCACAAAUCAGGCCCCAACCGUAUUUUGGAUGAUAUUAGUAAAGAACCAAUUGGUAAUAUUUUUCAAAUUGUUCAACAAGAGCAAUGGGAUGACAAUAGGAUUAUCUGUUUGUUUGACUCGGCGCUCGCGCCCAUAUGGAUGUCUAGGGCUUUGGUGGAAUUGAAAGGGGAUCCAAGGUUAGCUUUGCGGUUCUUCAAAUGGGCGGGAACCCGAAUCGGGUUUUGCCACACCACGGAGUCAUAUUGUAUCUUGAUCCAUAUAUUGUUUUACGCGAGAAUGUUCUUGGACGCCAAUAGUAUUAUUAGAGAGUUAGUUUUGUUGACGUGGGUUUUGCCAGGUUGCCAUGUGUUUGACGUAUUGUGGUCGACAAGGGGUGUUGUUUGGGUUCGAGGGUUUGGUGUGUUUGAUGCUUUGUUUAGUGUUUUGACUGGGCUAGGAAUGCUAGAGGAAGCGAUCGAGUGUUUUUUGAGGAUGGAGAAGUACAGGGUUUUGCCAAAACCUCGGUCUUGUAAUGAACUUUUGCAUAGGCUUUCAAAGUCAGGGAAGAGGGAAUUGUCGAGGAAGUUUUUUAAAGAUAUGGUUGGGGCUGGAAUUAGUCCUUCGGUUUUCACAUAUAAUAUAAUGAUAGACAAUAUGUGCAAAGGAGGAGACUUGGAAGCCGCCAGAAGCUUAUUGUUCGAAAAAAUGAAACAAACUGGCCUUAUGCCCGAUGUUGUCACAUAUAAUUCUCUUAUUGAUGGAUAUGGAAGGUUUGGAUUCUUGGAUGAAUCGGUUAGUAUAUUUGAAGAAAUGAAGGAUGCAGGUUUCAAACCUGAUGUAAUAACAUAUAAUGCUUUAAUUAAUUCUUUCUGUAAAUUUGAAAGAAUGCCUCAAGCUUUUGAGUUUCUCCAUGAGAUGAAGAUCAAGGGGGUGGUACUGGAUGUUGUAACUUAUAGCACAUUAAUUCAUGCAUUUUGUAAGGAAGGGAUGAUGGAAGAGGCAAUUAAAUUUUUUGUUUACAUGAGACGUGUUGGUCUUCUGCCCGAUGAAUUUACUUACAAUUCUCUGAUUGAUGCAAGUUGUAAACUAGGCAAUCUAAAUGAUGCUUUGGAGCUGGCUAAUGAGAUGAUGCAGGCAGGAGUUGACUUGGACAUUGUCACCUACACAGCUCUAGUGGAUGGUCUAUGUAAAGGUGGGAGGAUAAAGGCAGCAGAAGAAAUCUUUCAGGCAAUGCUGAAAGCUGGAGUAAUUCCUGACGGUUUUAUAUGCACAACCCUUAUGGAUGCUUAUUUCAAGGCAGGAAAAACUGCAGAGGCUCUCAAUCUGCUGCAGGAGUUACAGGACUUGAAUAUUGAGGUCAGCGUUGUUACUUAUUGUGCACUAAUUGAUGGUUUGUGCAAAGUGGGAUUGGUUGAAGAGGCAAUCAAGUAUUUUAAUAGCAUGAACGACAUUGGUAUGCAACCUGAUGUUGCAGUUUAUACAGCGUUAAUUGAUGGUCUUUGUAAAAAUAAUAGUAUUGAAACAGCCAAGAAGCUGUUUGAUGAAAUGCUGGACAAGGGUGUGAUUCCCGAUAGAAGUUCUUACACAGCUUUAAUUGAUGGGAACUUAAAGCAUGGUAAUCUUCAGGAAGCUUUGAAUUUGCAAGACAUAAUGAUUGAUUUGGGUAUGGAGUUUGAUCUGCCGGCAUAAACUUCCUUGAUUUGCUUUUCUUGGUGUGGCAAGGUGCAACGAGCAAAAGAGGUGUUUGAUGAGAUGAUUCAGAGGGGUCUCCAUCCUGAUGAGAUUCUGUGUUUAUGUCUAUUGAGGAUGUAUUAUGAGCUGGGAAAAGUGGAUGAAGCCAUUGAAUUGCAAAAUGAGAUGGUCAAAAAGCGUCUAAUCACUUGCAGUGCAGUUCCUACCUUACAAACUUGAGAGAAAUAUAUUUCCAGCCUUAGUUCGACGGAGCUGUGUUCAGUGUUUGGAUCAGAAACACAACACAGUUUACCUUUCCUAAAUGGGAAUAUGAGAACCGAAGGUAUACAUAAUUCCUCACUUGUUUCUUACUGGAUAGAAUGAUGUU